AUGCGCCCAGCAACGCGCGAGGAGUUCGAAGUUGCGAUUAUCUGCGCUCUGCCGCAUGAGGCCGACGCCGUGGAAGCCUCAUUCGAUGAAACUUAUGACAGCCAAAGUCGCUACUACGGCAAGCGCUCUGGUGAUACCAAUGUCUAUGUGAAUGUAUGGGCAAAGGAAGCGUCGCAGCUGUCGCGUCGAAUCCCCGGAUGGGUUACCCCGGCCCUUGUGGCCGGGAUCUGUGGCGCUGUGCCAGUUUCUAGAGAACGCAUCAAAAUUUCUCUUGGGGAUAUCAUCAUCAGUGAUAGCCUCAUCGAAUAUGAUUUCGGGCGGCAGUACCCCGAUGGGUUCCAGAGAAAGAGCGAUGCCAAGUCCACGUUGGGGAGGCCUUCGCGUGAAAUACGAACUAUCCUCUCCAGUCUCCAAACAGCUGAAAUAGGCGACCAGUUUCGAGAGCGGAUUCAUUACCAUUUGAAGGCUCUCCAGGCACAAAAGCCUGUUUGGCGGGAUCCUAGUACCUCUUCUCAUGAACACACGGACGAGCCUCUAAGGGGAACGGAUAGCAGCACUUUGCAAGGCGGGGUCGAUGAGGACACUACCCGGCCUCUUGUUCACAUUGGAACCAUGGCAUCUGGGGAUACCGUAAUGAAGUCCGAUAGACACCGUAAUAGACUUGCACAUGUGGAGGGUAUCAUAGGCUUUGAAAUGGAGGGGGCUGGUGUUUGGGAUAGUUUCCCUUGUCUAAUUAUCAAGGGCGUGUGCGACUAUGCCGACAGCUAG